CCCGGCCCCGCCGCUCCCGGCCCCGCCGCCGCCACAUCCGCCGCCGCCGGGAAGGGGCCGGCGCCGGGGCCGCUGUGGGCGCCGCGCUCCCGCCGCUCGCUGUCGGGCCCGCGGGCCCCGCGCCGGCUUCAGGAUGCCGCUGGGGCUGAAGCCCACCUGCAGCGUGUGCCGCAGCACGUCCUCCUCCAUGUGGAAGAAGGGCGGGCAGGGCGAGAUCCUGUGCAACAACUGCACGGCCCGCUCGGCGCCGCCGCCCCCCGCCGCCUUCGCCACCACCUCGGCGGCCGCCGCCCAGCACAGCAACGGCGGCGGCGGCGGCGGCGGCGGCGGCGGGAAGCAGAGCAAGCAGGAGAUCCACCGCCGCUCCGCGCGGCUCCGGAACACCAAGUAUAAGUCUGCGCCCGCCGCGGAGAAGAAGGUCUCCACGAAGGGCAAGGGCAGGAGGCACAUCUUCAAGCUGAAAAACCCCAUCAAGGCUCCUGAGUCUGUGUCCACUAUAAUUACAGCAGAAUCAAUCUUUUAUAAGGGUGUGUACUACCAAAUUGGAGAUGUUGUUUCGGUGGUUGAUGAGCAGGAUGGAAGAACAUACUACGCUCAGAUCCGUGGGUUUAUUCAGGACCAAUACUGUGAAAAGAGUGCUGCACUAACCUGGCUCAUUCCUACACAAGCCAGCCCCAAAGACUGUUUUGACCCAGCAUCCUAUAUCAUAGGACCAGAAGAAGAUCUCCCAAGAAAAAUGGAAUAUUUAGAAUUUGUUUGUCAUGCACCUUCGGAAUAUUUCAAAUCUCGAUCAUCUCCCUUCCCUACUGUUCCUACAAGGCCAGAGAAGGGCUAUAUAUGGACUCAUGUGGGACCUACUCCUGCAAUCUCCAUUAAAGAAACUGUAGCAAAUAAUUUAUAAUUUUUAAGGAAUACUUUGGACUAGUUAUUUUGUGUGUAUCCUCCAGUUUGUAAACCCCUUACAAGAAGUUUUAAAAAUUAUAAAAUGUGCUGGUUUAUUUUAUGGAUUAUGGUAUUUAUUUAUUUUAGGUAUAUCAGACCUUUGAAGUGGAAGUUUUCAUUCCAGUUGAUGCAUCAUUUCGGUGCUCUGCUCUUCAGACAUUGUUGCUCAUUUUGGGACAAAACCACAAGUUUCAUGUCAUCUUUGACUUCUGAAAGUUGCCUUUAGUAUUCAUUCUUACUUUUUAAGUUGUUUUCCAGAAGAAGAGCUUAAAAGAUAUAAUCAUCCAGCAUUUUUUAUGACUGUUUAAUUUAGUUAACUGUGACUGCUGGUUUUAUUUCCUUGUUAAAUAAUUUAAAACUAGCUUCACCUAAAUACGAAAAUGGUCAGUGAUGCAGUUAACAGUUUUCUGUUACGUGGAGAGGAGUGAUCUACCUGGAUUUCUCCAGACUAAAAUCUCAUCCACAAAGAGGGAUUCUAACAGUCACCUUUUAUGGGAAUUUUGUUAAUCUGAAUGUGAAACGCGGGCUAUGUGUGUAGCUUUCUGCUAAACUUAGUUAUAUAAGGGCAUCGAUCUUUUGGAAAAUUGGAUGCAAAUUCAAAAAUUAAUGCUAUUUGCCAUCCUGGCAUCUUCAUUGCAGAAGUGGAUCUGCGUUUCCUGAGCAAGCCAACACUGACAUAUGAUUUGAGUUUCAGACUGUUAAUAUUUGUUUGCCUGUUAGCUUGGACUCACAAAAUUGAUUUUAAAUUGUUUUUUCAGUCUUCACAAUUAAUGAUGGUAAGAAUAAAAAAUGGUCAGGCAAUUAAAAUGAAAAAAAAUCAAUAAGGGAAAUAAAAAUUAAUUUUAUGUA